CCCAUCCACUCUGGUUAAAUAGUAGACCCACAUUCCUUCAAUAAUGUCUCUUUGGUGUUCACUCUAUAUAGCUGAAUAGACACACUUCCAAAAUGGCUCCAGAUAUCAAGAUGUAUUUCUGCAUUCAGCUUGUUCUUGCACUAACAGGCACAGGAAUAGGAUCUGCCCUGCCUGGUAAGAGCCACAGUGGAGGGAAGAACAACCCAGUGCUGCAGUAUGUCGUGAACAACUCACUGAGAGAACAUCCUGUCAUGACCAAACUCAGACUGAAAACCCUUGAGGACCCAGCCGGAGUCGAGGAUAAAAUUACUGUCCAUCUUCAAAUGUGUAUAAAAACACUGGAUGAGUUGAUAGCUGCUGGGGAAGCUGGCACCUAUGACUUUGUGUUCAUCGAUGCAGAUAAAAGGAACUAUGACAGAUAUUACGAGAAGUCUCUUGAGCUUGUGAGACAAGGGGGCAUCAUUGCCAUCGAUAAUGUACUCUGGAGUGGUAAAGUGGUGGACCCUGCUCCUGAUGACCUGACCUCCCAGGCUCUGGACAAGCUCAACAAGAAACUCCACACAGACCAGAGGAUCGAUCUGAGCAUGCUCACUGUGGGUGACGGACUCACCCUGGCUAUCAAACGCUAACGAUAACCCAUGCUAACUCAUACUAACACGUGAUGACAAAUGCUUAACCCACACUUACUCCAAACCCGCUGUGAUUUAUUGGGGAUUUAUUGGAGAAGUGGUAAACAUGAAGGGCUGGAAUAAAUAGAUGCCAUUUUCAACAAGUACUGUACGUGUACGAGUGAGAUUCACUUUUUACUAGAAAUUCGAAAGCAUAUCAACCUCUGUCUCAGUAAGAGCUAAAUAACUAGCUUUUACUCACAGAGAUUUUUUUUUUCAGGGUGUGACUAAAAUCAUUUUUUAUUAGAUUUAAAUUGAGUACAGGCUUAACUGAAUGACAACAGAAUACCAUAUGGUAGUUUUGGGGUAGGCCUCGUCUCAGAGGAAUGCUCUACAGAACCAGAUGCUGAUAACAGAUUGCCCUAUGCUGGGCAGCUGGCAUCAAAACCCUCCAGCUGGGAGAAGAGGGAUCCGAUGACGGCUCUCCAGGUUACAUGCUGGUGGAGAGGUGGGAGGUCUUUGGAAGACUUUUGCUCCAAAAUAUCAAGUGAGACACAAGGGGUGAGUUGACAUACUCCCCUGGAUUUAUGCCCAUUGGUUGACAGAAAGGGAAGUGAUUAAUGCACGAGUGAGCCCAUAGGUUAAUCAGCAGGCAUGGUGGAAAUGCGUUAGUGUGCUAUGCUCAUUGGCAGAAGUUAAUAGGUGAAGGACAUUCUACCCGCUUGCUAAUGGUAAAGAGGAAGAGAGACGUGAGGCUAUUGUCACGCCCUGACCUUAGAGAUCCUUAUUUAUUCUCUAUGUUUGGUUAGGUCAGGGUGACUCGGGUGGGAAAAUCUAUGUUUUCUAUUUCUUUGUUGUUUUGCAGAGUGUGGUUCCCAAUCAAAGGCAGCUGUCUAUCGUUGUCUCUGAUUGGGGAUCAUAUAUAAGUUGUGAUUUUCCGUUUGGGUUUUGUGGGGUGUUAUUUUCUGUUUAGUGUCUUUGCUUGACAGAACUGUUCGCUUUCGGUUUCUGGGGAUUUGUUAUUUUUGUUUGAGUGUUUCUUGAAAAUAAAUACCAUGAACACUUUCCACGCUG